AUGAAAAUUGUCGAGGAAAGGUACACCAUCGACGACGUGUUCACAAAAAUCAAGCCAUAUGUCAAAAGCCCACUAUUCAACGGAAUUCUUCCGCAAUUCGAUACUCGAAUGACCGUAAAAGGUUUUGAUACCGAGGAGCAACUCGUCAAAUAUAUGAAUGACGAAUUCCAAAGUCAAUGCGGCAACCCUUUACUAGCUGGAAUUGUGUUCGAUGACUCAAUUAGUAAAGGAUUGACUACUGGGAACAAUUUCAAGUACACAAUUCGAUUGUCAAAUACUCAUCGGCGUCGGGGCGAUGGUGUUAACGAAGAUUCUUAUCCAUGGUCGACUGAUACAAUAUUUGGGGUGCAAAUCGUCAGCGGACCUAUCAAUCCAGAUGAUGUUGAUGGAGGAAAUCCAGGAUACUGGAAGGAAGGGUAUGUGACAAUUGAACGCGCAGUGGAUGUUGCGAUUCAAGAAAUUCUAACGAAACAGAAAUCUGCCGAUCCCGUACAGGAUUCGUAUUUGCUCGGUCGUACUCCAUUCCCUGGAUAUACCACAAAAAUAAUUGAAAUUGGAAACUUCUUUCUUCCCGUUAUCAUCGUAUUUUCAUUUAUGACAAGUGUGAUUUACAUUGUGAGAACGGUUGUGAUGGAAAAAGAGGAUCGAUUAAAAGAGUACAUGAGAGUUAUGGGACUCUCGCAAUUCGUCAACUGGAUUGCUCAUUUCAUUAUCAACUAUGUCAAAAUUCUAUUUGCUGUCAUCAUCCUCACAGUUCUUCUUCAUUUCAUCGCUGAGAACUCUGAUAUGACAGUGAUGUUCUUGUUCUUCAUGACCUACGCAUUUGACGUCGUCUACUUCUCGUUCGCCAUUUCAACGUUCAUGAACUCGGGAACAUCGGCGACACUUCUCGCCGUCGUCUUCUGGAUGCUCUUUUAUUUUUGGCUCGCGUUUUUCAGCUCCACCGAUAGCACGGCACCAUCUGAUGUUGGCGUUCGAAUCAUCAACUGCUUGAAUCCCGAUAUCGCCAUGUACUUUGGUCUCAAUCUACUCGCUGCCUAUGAGACAUCUGGCAAAGGAUUGAAGUGGACGAAUAUAUUUAAAGCGCCGUCUCCUAACAACGGUAUGACAUUCGCGCACGCCUGGAUCAUGAUGAUCAUUGAUGGAUUCAUCCUUAUCAUAUUCACAUGGUACGUCGAAGCGGUGUUCCCCGGAGGCGAAGGAGUCCCUCAGAAGCCAUGGUUCUUCGUCUUACCAUCCUAUUGGUUCCCGUAUGGUCAUGAUCAGCAAGUGCCACUCUUACAACAAGAGAUGAAUGAGUAUAAACAUUAUGAGGAGCAUGUGAGAAUCGAGAAUGAGCCUAAUAUGGAUCCAACUGUUAAUAUCGUCAAUGUUUCAAAAACCUAUGGUACCGGCGAGAAGCGGGCUGUUCAGAACUUGAGCCUGAAAAUGUAUCCCGGUCAGUGUACGGUACUUCUUGGGCAUAACGGAGCCGGCAAGAGCACCACGUUCAGUAUGCUGACCGGUGUCGGAGCGCCGACUAAUGGAACCGCUUAUAUCAACAAUUAUGAUGUGCGGACGAAUAUUCCGAGUAUUCGGAAGCAGAUGGGAUUGUGCCCGCAGUACAAUACACUGUUCGAUAAGUUGACCGUCAUGGAGCAUUUGGAAUUCUUCGCGAAACUCAAAGAACGUCGUUGGGAUCCGGAAGAAGCUCGCGAGAUGCUUGAACGAUUGCGGAUCGAGUUCAAAGCCGACGCGAUGGCAGGAACAUUGUCGGGUGGGCAGAAGCGGAAGUUGUCUUUGGCGAUUGCUCUCAUCGGCGGUUCGGAGAUUGUGAUGUUGGAUGAGCCGACGUCGGGAAUGGAUCCCGGCGCUCGACAUGAGACUUGGACGCUGAUUCAGAGAGAGAAAGAGCGGCGCACGAUUCUACUCACCACUCACUUCAUGGAAGAGGCUGACCUCCUCGGCGAUCGGAUUGCGAUCAUGGCGCACGGCAAAUUGGAGUGCUGCGGCUCGCCGAUGUUCUUGAAGCAGCAAUAUGGGAAUGGAUACCAUUUGACGAUUGUGUACAAGACAAGCGAGCAAGCGGACAUUCAACGGACCACGAAAAUCAUUCAGCGAUACAUUCCCGACGGCUCGCUGCAUUCGUUUGUCGGACAAGAAGCGACCUAUCUCCUGAACGCGAAAUAUCGAGGAUUGUUCCCAGAAAUGUUUAGUGAGUUGGAGAAGCAUCAAAACGAGUUGGCGAUCACCUCGUUCGGAGUUUCGAUCACCACAAUGGAAAAAGUGUUUCUGAAAGUGGGCGAUUUGGCUGAGGAGCGAUUCAUGAAGGAAGAAGGAAUUUAUGAUGAGGAUAAUGAGAUGCUAGCCGAAAAUGAUCCGCAAUUAAAAAAUCUUCGCUCGAAUCGGCGAUUAACUGGAAUUCAUCUGCAAUGGCAGCACGCCAAAGCGAUGUUCAUCAAAAGGGCAAUCUACUUUUAUCGAAAAUGGACGCAAUUUAUUCCGCAACUGAUUUUUCCGGUGGCUUAUUUGAUUCUAAUGGUAUCCACUUCCACAAUCAUACCCGCUGUGAAAGAGCAGGAUCCGCGAGAGAUCACACUCGAUCCAUUCGCCACUAACGACGAUCCGGGACACGUGAUUUCGUCGAAUGUCAAUUAUAAUGGAGAUCCACUUCCAAAACUGCUCAAUGACACUGUUCAUGCGUUGAGCUCGAAGGCAAUUCUAGUGGACGCCGUGCAAAACGUCGAGAACUUCAUCAUUGACAAAAUCAACGCUCUCGGCGCCCGCUCGUUUGGCCUUCAUUAUCCAUUGGCGUUCGAUCCCGCACCAAAUAAUUUGGGGAUUGUUCAACAAGGUGCCUUGUUGAUGAAAGCGCUUUUCAACAAUUUUGGACUCUAUUCGCCGGCUCUUGCGAUCACCGUAGCGGACUCGAUGUCGUUGUCGCAGAAGAUGAACAAAUCUUAUACUUUUACGUCUGUCAAUCAUCCAUUGCCUCCUUCAACGCAAGACACGUUGAAAACUACAAAUAGCUCGGACGCUGCCUCAUUUUUGCUUUCAUAUGGAAUAAUUGUGAGCAUGGCUGCGAUGAUUGCCGGCUACUCGCAAUUUCUGAUCACCGAGAGGAAGAAGAAGAGCAAACACAUGCAGCUUCUUUGCGGUGUUCGUCCAUGGAUGUACUGGAUGACAGUAUUCGUUUGGGACGCCGUCUGGUUCAUUAUUCGCGUCAUCUGCUUUGAUAUCAUCUUCUAUAUAUUCGAUAUCAAGGUUUAUACUCAUGACUUUGGCGUUAUUCUGAUACUGACACUCGCGAUGAUUUUGUACGGCUGGACAGCGAUCCCAUCGACAUAUUUUCUUCAAAAUUAUUUCACGAACGCCCCAAAAGGAUUUAUGCUGAUUAUUAUGUAUCAUAUUCUCACAGGCAUGAUCGGUUCGAUUGCGGUUCCGAUCAUUUCGCAGACGUCCAGCGAGAAUGCUGGCUAUACUUGGGCAAUCGUCUUCGCCUGGUUUUUUCCGACGUUCGCGAUUUCCAACAUUUUCACUGUGACGUAUUCCAAUGAGAAUAUUCGUCAAGCUUGCAUGAAGCUCGAUUGCUCGAAUCCGAUCUUCCAGAAAAACGCGGCAUGUUGCGGAACGAGCGACGAGAGGCUCUAUGUGGACAAUGUGUUGCUCUCGGCGAAUCGCAAAGGAAUUCUAGUGUUCGUCGCAUUUUUUGUUGUUCAGGGAUUCCUCUACUGGAUAAUUGUCUACAUGAAAGAGUUGGACAUGUUCGCCAAAAUCAUCGAACGAGUGAAAAACCGAAAAUCGGUCAAAGUAAUUUCUUUUGUUGCCAAUGGUGCUCUCCAAUCGGGUGGCGUCGAGGAUUCUGAUGUGAUCGCCGAGAAGCACAAGGUUUCGACAUUAGUCGGAGACAAAUCGGUGGCGCUGGUCAGCGAUAACCUCGUGAAAUGGUACGGCAGCUUCAACGCCGUCAAAGGCGUCAACUUCCAUGUUAUGAAAAAGGAUUGCUUCGGACUUCUUGGUGUUAAUGGAGCUGGAAAGACAUCAACAUUUCAGAUGCUUACUGGCGAGAACUCGAUAACAUCUGGCGAUGCUUACAUUGAUGGUUGGAGUGUGAAGAAUAAUUGGAGAGAAGCUGGAGCUAAUGUCGGCUACUGUCCGCAAUAUGAUGCCAUUAUCAAGGAAAUGUCCGGCGAGGAGACGUUGUACAUGUUCGCGCGGAUUCGAGGAAUCCCUAACGAUGAGAUUGACGAGAAGGUUCAAGCAGUGAUCCAUGCGAUUGGCAUCGGAAUCUAUGCGAAACGGCAGAUUAAAUCGUAUAGCGGUGGAAACAAGAGGAGGCUUUCGCUCGGAAUUGCGCUUGUCGGGCUUCCCGAUGUUUUGCUGCUCGAUGAGCCCACUAGCGAUCUUGGAACGGCGCUGGUCCUGACGUCUCAUAGUAUGGAUGAGUGUGAAGCAUUGUGCACCGAAUUGGCAAUCAUGGUCUACGGAAACUUCCGAUGCUACGGUAGUUGUCAGCACAUCAAGAGCCGCUAUGGAUCCGGCUAUACGCUAUUGAUUCGAUUGCGAAACGCUGAGGAUUCGCCGAGAACGAAGCACGUGAUUUCCAGCCAAUUUCAAGGAUCGCUUCUGAAAGAGGAGCACGUCCUUCAGCUGAAUUAUGACCUUCGCCGUGAUGGCGGCGAUUCGUGGUCGGAGUUGUUCGCGAAGUUGGAGUUGAUCUCGGAAGACCUGCAUUGGGACGACUAUUCGCUAUCGCAAACGACAUUGGAGCAAGUGUUUGUAGAAUUUAGUCGAGCUUCGGCUGCCAUCGAGCAAGAUGGACAAGCUCGUUUACCAAAGCAGUCGUCCUUCACAAAUGACAUAAUUCGAGGAGAGGAUUUUUAUUAG